AUGGCUCCCGCAACACCUCGCCUGAGGAUUUUGUCCGUUGGCGGCAAUGCCGUGUCGGCCUUCCUCUCCUGGCGUCUCCAGGCCACAAACUCCUGCGAUGUCACAUUGGUAUGGAAAUCAGGUUUCGAGCAUGUGGCACAAUAUGGCAUUUCGAUGAAGUCCAAAUUGUACGGCAAUGAACGUUUCAAGCCGCGUGCAGUCGUACGCUCCCCCGAAGAGGCCGCAGGCAGCUCGAAAGCACCCUUUGACUACGUCUUCCUCUGCGUCAAGGCCCUGCCCGACGUCUACGACAUCGCCUCCGUCAUUGAGUCUGUCGUGUCGCCCCAGCACACAUGCAUCCUGAUCAACACAACACAUUCCCUGGGCGUCGAGUCGUACCUGGAGCAGCGCUUUCCCACGAAUGUCGUUCUGUCGCUUGUGUCGGGUGCGGAGCUGCAGCAGCUUGGUGCGAGCGAGUUCGAGCACACGGGAUCCACGGAGAUCUGGGUCGGCCCGGCCAGCGAAAAUCCGUCGAUACCUGCUUCGAUCCAAUCCGACAUGGCGGAUGCGUUGGCGAUGACUUUGGGCUCCGGCCAGGUCGACUGCAGGGUUUCGCCGAACAUCCGGCAACAGCAGUACGAGCGGAUGAUUGGAAAUAUUGCUUUCCAUCCGACAAGCGUGCUUUUUGAAACGGCCAACCACGGGGAGCUGAUUGAGAAAGUGGGCGUACGCUCGGUCAUCUCAGGGGUCAUAGACGAGCUCCUACAAAUCGCAACCGCGCAGGGUUGUCAAUUCGGCUCCGACUUUAAGGACAAGACUAUCGAAGCGAUGACCCGUCCUCAGGAGGCGAACAGUACCAUGUAUCAGGACUUUGCCGCAAAGCGCCCGAUGGAGGUGGAAACGUAUUUAGGCUCGCCCAUGAAGCUCGCCCAGGAAGUCAACGUUCCCGUCCCUCGGAUCGAGACAUUGUACGCCAUGCUUCACCAUACCAACAUCGUCAACCAGCAGAAGCCUGCAGCUCCCGUCUCUCCACAACAAACCGGUGGUCAUCCACCAAGGAUGUCUUCUGCUCCGAUGCCCAGGGGCCCCCCCAACGGCAUGAACGGCAUGAAUGGCCCUCCGAUGAAGGGCAGCCGUCCUGGAAGCAGAGCUCCUUCUAUGACCGGUGGUGCUCCACCGAUGAUGAGGAGGGGGCCCCCGCCUCCUAAUGGCUACCCGCCGCGGGGCCCUCCUCCCAUGGGCAACGGCUACGGACCCCAGGGACCCGGUGGUCCCCCGAUGCAGCGUCGUGCAUCGUUCGAGGGCAACGACCUCGAGGAGUUUAGCCACUUGAUGCUUUACGACACUGUCCCUGAAGAUGGUGACUUGCCUGGUAAUGGCAUGGUGAAUGGCGGACCCUACCCCGGAGCUGACAUGUCGAACGGCGAUCUUGCGUUGAGGGAAAGAGAACUCGCUCUGCGUCAGAAGGAGCUUGCUUUGAGGGAAAGAGAAUACCAGAUGCGCACGGCUGCGGGACCGAGACGGCCGAUGCCUCCGGCUUCGCACGCCGGUGAUUUUGACGAGGAAGACGACGGCGAUUUCUUCGAUCCGAUGGCGGCCCGACCCCCCAUGAUCGACCCCGACAACUUCGACAUGAUGAGCGUCACGUCACGCCGUACCAGGAAGGCUCCUAGCGCUCAGCAGCUGCGCAAGAACCCGGAGAUGGGCGGUCCGCCGAUCUCGAACGGCCGGGGUCCUUCCCGGUUCGGCCAACGCCCUGGAAUGAACAAGAGGACGAGCGCCAGGCUCAUGUCGGACGUUCCGGGGCUCCAUGAUUCGAUCAUGAACAACGCCCUCAUCGGCUACUCGUCAGACCGCUACGGAAACGUCGACCGCGCGAACAUGGGCCAGCAAUCGCGCACAAACUCGCUCACGGCUGCCCGACUGGAUGAAAUGGCUGGACCUGGAUAUGGAGCUUACCCUCAGGGACGCAGGGCAAGCCAGUCACCUGGUAAUCCCCUAAGCCCUGGCCGCGGCCGGCCGUCCCCUCCCGGCGGUUAUCCUCCGUACGCUAACGGACAACCCAACGGCAGGCCAUCCCCGCCAGGUAUGAGGCAACCGGUCCCGCGGCACCCGCCGGGCCACGGCAACGCAGUGGCACCGCAGCAGGUUGAGCAACACGUAGGGGUGAGCAACCCUCAGUCCAAGAGAGGCCCUCAAGUGCGCAGUCUGACUGGAAGUGCGAGCGCUAGCGCGGAGAGUGGUGAUAGCGGCGCCAGCGCUCUUGUAGAUUCUGAAACCUCGGCGGCCAGCAGCCAGAGCAGUCUGGGCCCGCGGCCUCAGAUCGGGGUGCGCUGA